AGACUGCAACUAAACACAUCACAGUAAAUCGAGGUAAACCCUCGCUUGAAAGAGAUUGAAAUCCUCUGGAAAGGGAGCCUCGAAAGUUCUAUUAAUGGUCUGGUUUCAUUGACCGUUUCUCCCGUAUGGAAAUGACUGGUCAGACAGGAUAUUGAGAGCUCCCAAAAGACUUGACCCUGCAGGAACCAAAAAACAGUUAUACUAAUUUAAGUAUAUAUGGCACUCCCUCGCACCCUCCUCUUGGGUUUCCUUCUUGUUCUUGGCUGUGCUGUGACGACUAGUAGAUCGACCAACUCUAAGCAAUGUGACAAUGCUUCCCUCAACCGGAGCAGUUUUCCAGCAGGAUUCAUAUUUGGGACAGCUUCGGCAGCUUACCAGUAUGAAGGUGCUGCAAAAGAAGGGGGUCGAGGACCAAGUAUAUGGGACACAUACACUCACAAGCAUCCAGAGAAGAUCUUUGACCACAGCACUGGAGAUGUGGCUAUUGAUCAAUAUCAUCGCUAUAAGGAAGAUGUUCGGACUAUGAAGGACCUAGGUUUCGAUGCUUACAGACUCUCAUUCUCAUGGUCCAGACUGUUACCAAAUGGAAAGCUAAGUGGGGGUGUCAACAAGGAAGGAAUCAAAUAUUACAACAACCUCAUCAAUGAGCUUCUAGCCAAUGGUGUGAAGCCUUUUGUCACAAUCUUUCAUUGGGAUCUUCCCCAAGCAUUAGAAGAUGAAUACGGAGGCUUCUUAAAUCCAAAAAUUGUGAACCAUUUUCAGGACUAUGCAGAGCUCUGCUUUAAAGAAUUCGGUGACAGGGUUAAGCAUUGGAUCACCUUAAAUGAGCCCCAUAGCUACAGCCGUAAUGGCUAUGCAACCGGAAAGUUUGCACCAGGUCGAUGUUCUGCUUGGCAAAAACGAAAUUGCACCGGUGGGGAUUCAGGGACAGAGCCAUACUUAGCGUCACAUUACCAACUUCUAGCUCAUGCAGCCGCUGUAAAGUUGUAUAGACACGAGUAUCAGGCAAAACAGAAUGGCUUGAUAGGGAUAACACUAGUGUCACACUGGUUUGUGCCAUAUUCUGAUUCAAAGCAAGACAAAGCUGCAGCAUUACGAGCAUUGGAUUUUAUGUUUGGAUGGUAUAUGGAUCCCAUGACAAAUGGUGACUAUCCAAGAAGCAUGCGAUCUCUUGUGGGAAAUCGAUUACCCAAGUUCACUGCAGAGCAAUCAGAGAUGCUGAAAGGUUCAUUCGAUUUUCUUGGCUUAAACUACUACACAGGUAAUUAUGCAGCCAAUACACCAUUUCGUAAUGCUAAAGAUCCAAGCUACUCGACAGACUCUCUCGCUAAUCUUACAGCCGUGCGUAAUGGGAUUCCAAUUGGUCGACCGGCUGCUUCAGAUUGGCUUCAUUUUUAUCCACAAGGGUUUAUCGAGAUAUUGCGUUACACGAAGAAAAAGUAUAACAAUCCGCUUAUUUAUAUCACUGAAAAUGGAUGGGAUGACCGCGAUGAUCCCAAUUUAUCGCUAGAGGAAGCCCUCACCGAUAAUCAAAGAAUCGAGUAUUACAAUCGCCAUCUUGAUGAACUUCAUAAAGCAAUUAAGGCUGGCGUUAAGGUGAAGGGGUACUUUGCAUGGUCAUUGUUUGAUAACUUUGAGUGGGCUGAUGGUUAUAGUUGUAGGUUUGGCAUCAAUUUUGUGGAUUACAAAAAUGGACUCAAAAGACACCCUAAACUCUCCGCAGCUUGGUUCAAGGACUUUCUGCGAAAGUAGAAAUUAGAUAUAGAUCUGAAUCACUAGAAGAAGAGACCGAUGCAGACUUUUUGUCCAUGAAAAAGAGAAUUCACUUAUACUCUUAGUUCUAAAAGUACUCCCAUAUCAAAAACACAUUUUACUUGUGUAGGGUAUGGAAAUUAAAGAAAGACUAGUUCUAAACUCCUAAUAAUGAAAGUUUUCUCAUCAGAAUAUAAUUAAGAACAUAAAUCCUCUCAAUUUGUAGGGAAAGUGUUGGCCAUUAGUAGUGUAUAUAGUACUGUUGGAUUAUCAA